AUGUUGCAGGAACACAUUGCGUCAUGUAGCAGUAUUGGAAAAUUGGCAGAUACAACUGUUGGAUGUGUUAGGCCACGGAUAGACCACGUUCAGCUUCCUGAAAUAACCUUGUACAACUCAAGGGAGAAUUGGGAAGAGGAACCAAAAGUCCCGUCUUACGAUCCUAUGGAGGUCUCGUCGAAGAAGCCGGUGAUCCGAUGCGUGUCUGGAUUGACAAAGUCAGAAAAAAGGAAGUACAAGGAGAGCGAACGAGCUCGUAUGGCAGCUCUCAGAGGAUUUACAGUUCCUACCGUCACCCGAAUUUACCCUAAAGACACAACUGAUGAAAUGCCAUUACGUCCUCCUCGUAAUACUGCCGUAUUAUCCACGAAAAUCUCACAAGGAGAUUUCAAGAUGUGUGCGCAUAUUGAAGAUGAUGAUAACGAUGACGAUGACGAUGAUGAUAAUGAUAAUGAGGAGGAGGUGGAAUAUGAGGGGCCUAAUGCAAUUUCACAUGCUAAGUUAGUUACCGAUUCAUUCCAUCGAAAGUUAUACGAUGAAUUAGCUCCUGAAGAUGACGAUAUUACACAAUUGGAAGAAUCUCUACGUAGGGCGAAAUUACCCUUAACAAAUUAUUUCCAGUGUGCUGAUAAGAAAGAUGAAAAUUUUUCCAAGUUUAAUCUGAGUCAACAAACAAACAUGGAGAAACUUGAGCCAGAUACAACUUCGAAACCGUUUAACAUUGAUAAUAGAAAGGACGAAGGCUGUGUUGCGAGCACUUCGAGUGGGUCUGGUGAACGAGUAACCGAUAAACUUCUGGCCUUGUUGAAGGAGGAACCAAGUGUUAAGAAGCCUACGGAGGAGCCGCUAAAGAUUGACCAGAUGAUUAAAAAUCCUGAUGAGAAGGGACCAGCUUGGGAGCAGGUCUUGAGUAAAGUCAAUGACCGAUUGACUUACCUAACUGAUGUUCAAAAUGCUGCCGCCGAGGAGAGCGCACAAAUACUCAAACAACUGGAGGAGCUUAAAUUGUGCGGAGUUGCCCCGAGCAAAGCACGUAGAUACGACACACGUACCACAAUCUUCUCGCCGGAGGGCAGACUCUACCAAGUGGAGUACGCUAUGGAGGCUAUAAGCCACGCCGGCACCUGCCUGGGCAUACUAGCGAACGACGGCAUUCUACUGGCGGCUGAGAAGCGCAACACCAACAAGCUGCUGGACGAGGUGUUCUUCUCCGAGAAGAUCUACAAGCUGAACAACGACAUAGUUUGCUCGGUGGCCGGCAUCACGUCGGACGCGAAUGUCCUGACGAACGAGCUGCGUCUCAUCGCGCAGAGAUACCUUCUUCAGUACGGCGAGGCGAUACCCUGCGAGCAGCUCGUCUCGUGGCUGUGCGACGUCAAGCAGGCGUACACCCAGUACGGCGGGAAGAGACCCUUCGGCGUGUCCAUCUUGUACAUGGGCUGGGACAAAUACUACGGCUAUCAGUUGUAUCAGUCGGACCCGAGCGGCAACUACGGCGGCUGGAAGGCGACGUGCAUCGGGAACAAUUCGGCAGCGGCGGUGUCGUCCCUCAAGCAGGAAUAUAAAGAGGGCGAGACCACCCUGAAAGACGCAAUGGCGCUCGCUAUCAAAGUGCUCACCAAAACGUUAGACAUGAACAAGCUCUCGGCUGAAAAGGUGGAAAUGGCGAUACUGACGCGCGAAAAUGGCAAAACCAAAACGAAGAUACUGCCGGGGAGCGAAGUGAACGCCUUAAUCGCGGAACACGACCGGCUAGAAGCGCUGGCGGAGCAGACGAAGAAAGAGAAGCAGAAGUCAUAGAUUUUUAUAUUAGAUAAGAGGAAGAGUAAUCCACUGUGCGGUGGUAAAGUUUACUGCAUCAGAAAUUGGUCUGCACGCAAUUCGAGUGUUUAUAUUAUAUACUAAAAAUUAUUUCCUUGCCGCAGGAGUGAAUCGUGACGUGAACGACAGCAUUAUCAUCUUCAUUGCAAGACAAAGGUUAUAAUAAGAUUAAAAGUUUUUUCAUAGA